AUGAAGUCACACCUGCUGAUAGAAGUACAAAACGAGCCUCAUCCACGAGUCCGCGGCGGACCUCUCGAAGGCGACUAUAUCUUCAGUCAGAUGCAUUUUCAUUGGGGCGAUAAUGACACUUUCGGCUCAGAAGACAAGAUCAACCAUAGGAGUUUCCCCAUGGAACUUCAUAUGGUUUUCUACAAAGAAGCUUAUAACAAUGUGAAAGAAGCCGUGCUACACCCAGACGGCUUGACUGUCCUCGCUUUCUUCUAUGAGCUGGACCGGCACCAGCACCCGGCUUACGAUGAGAUCAUGGGGGCGCUACGGAACGUGACAGAGCCGCACACUCGCGUGGCGAUGGACCAUCCGUUCUCUUUCCUGAACAUCCUGCCAUACGACCUGCGCCGGUACUUCACCUACCGCGGCUCACUCACCACCCCACCUUGUUCGGAGGUCGUCAUCUGGCUCGACUUCGAACAGCCCAUUAGACUGGCGCACGAACAGGUAGCUCCAUAUGAUUAUAGCCCCUUACUCUCGAACGUAAUCGCUACAGAUCGGCAUUGCAAUUGUAUCGUUUCGUACUCUUGCCCAGAAUAUGAUAAUGAACAAAUCAAGAGUGCGGAGCAACACAGUUGCUAUGUCGAUCGGUCGCGAUUGCGUUCGAGAAUAGAGGCGUUCAGAGAGUUGAAAUCGAUCCAUGGCAAAAUAACGCAUAACUUCAGACCGAUACAGCCUAUUGGCGAUAGAGUUGUAUUCUAUAACAUCGACAACAGUUACUUCACUUACAACGAGAUAGAUCCGGAUGAAGAGGAAGACGCCCCACCGACCAAAUCAUCUCGAAGAAAGAGUCGAAAUAAAGGUUCAACAUUGUCAGCGAGAUUAUUCAUCGUUGGUUGUCCAUCCCGGUGUCCCAAAAAAAGAACCCCGAGACACGAAAAUUUAAAAAGCGGGAAGAUUUUGUUGGCCGCUCAAAGUGAAGACGGAUAUGUAAAAAGAUGGUAUUAA